AUGGCGAGGCCACCGCGGAGAUCUGACGGCGACAAACAGCAGCGGCGACGGCGGCGGCGCCUCUACAUACUAAGCAAUCACGACGGCCGUUCUGGGGUGAGCGUAUACAAGUUGAACGAGGACGAUUUCGACUCCGACGAUGCCUACUCCGAGGACGCGGACGACGACUCCUGCUCCGUCUGCUCCUCCGAGUCCGAGGGCAGCGUGGAUUCUUUCGCCGCUCAAGCCCGCUUCGACUCCGAGUACAACGUGGAUUCCAGGGCUCGCCGUCUUCGCCACCGCAGACUCGUCGCCCGCCUGGCCACCAGAGGGUGCCCGGAGUUCGUCGCCGCGGGCACCAAGAUCGUUGGACUGGACAGCGGCUCUUUCUACCGAGCCAGCACGGCCGUUAACUUCAUCUUCGACGCCAGAACGCGGCUAGUGUCCGCCACCCCGCCUCUCCGUUCACCCAAGAAGUACGACGCGUUCUGGGCGAUCGGCGGCACCGUCUAUGCCCUGGACACGAGCGCCGACGAACCCAGCUAUGGAAAGGAGCGCUGCGUCUUCGAGAGGCUCGGCCCCGAGCCGCAGCGCCACUACGGGACCUGGCAGUGGGAGGCUCUCCCCCGGCCGCCGUUCAAGAUGGACCACAUCGUCGUGUCCCACGCCGUGCACCCGGACGGCGCCACGGUGUUCCUGUCCGUGUAA